AUGUUGUACAACGUGCCACGAGACAUUUUUGAGGAUAUGAAAGACGUGCAAAGGUCAAGAGAUGCCUGGAACGAGAACUUUGGCUCCAUGGGCCAGAGUGACCUCAUCAUGGACAGACUUAUGGACCAUCAAACAGAAUCCUCAACCGAAGUUCUGAGUUUGAUCUCGACAAGCCUUGACUCAUCUUCGCCAUGCGCAAUGCCUCAUUUCCAGGGAGUUCUGAUCGCACAUAUGGAUGACGAGGUCGUAGAUGACAUUGCUGUAAACACGGCAGCAGGAGGGUUCUCAGUUUGGAUAUUUUGUCAGAGUGGUGUUGCGAGACUGUACAACAUCUUUGCCGCACAAGAUGAGACCAGCGUCAGCUACGUGAGAGAAGACGGCGUAGUGCGAUGGGGUCUUGGAAAGGAGCCAGAGCAGGUCAGCGCUUUCGGGUCUGGGACCAAAAAAGGAAGACAUGCAUCAGUGCAUGUGCGGUGGGUUUGA